AUGUUCAGGAAUACGCAAUGUACUAGCAUGGCCUAUCAAUCACUUGCAUACAAGAAGGUUAUUGGAGAGCCAGACACAUGGAAUUACCGUGACAUUGACGCGAUUCUCCAACAAGGUCAUCUUUUACACACCCACUUCCGGAAUGUGAUGAAGCUGAGCAUAAAUGAGGACAAUCGAAUCGCAGUUCACGAACUUCCAUCGUCAUAUGAAAUCCAGGUCCUUCCACCUUCUAGUAAUGCAACGCCUUCCACCAUUCCUGAAGGAGGGAAAGUAAAAAUGACAAGUUCGACUGCCAUCGAUGGACCAUAUGCAUAUGCCAGCCAGGAAAUAGCAGAUAGUUUCGGAAAUAUUGCUCCAGAAUUCCCAAUAUUCUUAUUACAGACAUUUACUACUGACAAUGCAGACGAAGUCAAUAUUAUUCUGACUAUUGGAGACUUCUCCAUGGCUCUAUGGAGGCGGAGAAAUGAUAAUGUGAUCUGGCUAUUCGACAGUCACAGGAGAGCUUCGACGGGUUUGAGACAUAUAGUUCCCAUAUGGGAAUCGGACUACUACGACAAUGGAGCUGCAUUGGCUCGAUCGUUUACUAGAGUCUCGGAAUUACUGGAGCAUAUAACGGAACUGUAUGGGGAGAACUUCCUUUACAACGUUAGAUUCUUCAAUCUGGAAAUGGUUGAAGAUAACAAUGCUGCUGUAGCCAAGACAGAUGCGGACGAAAAUGGGGUAGAUGUUACAAUCUGUGACAAGGAAACUUCCCCGGAGUCAAGUCGUUCUGGUACUUCAUUUGAAGGAAUUGCUAUUCGAGGCCCAUAUGCCCAACAUAAUUUGGUCGACUGUUCAGCAAUACACAGUGUACAAGUACGGCGAAUCAAUCACGUGCAUACAAGAAGGUUUUUGGAGAGCCAGACACAUGGAAUUACCGUGACAUUGACGCGAUUCUCCAACAGGGUCAUCUUCUACAAAGCCACUUCAGGAGUUUGA